AUGAUUCUUUCAUUUGGCCUUAGCCUCGCAGUGCUGUCAACACUUGGCGCAGCCCAAUUCACAGUUGACCCUCCUACCAAUGCGGCUCCGGACACCAUCAAAGACUGCACGUACUGGCAAGUUGCCACUGCAAACGACACUUGCAGUAGCAUAAGCGAAUCUUGGGGUCUCACAUUGGAGCAGUUCUACACCUACAACCCAAGCCUAGCCGACGGAUGUGUGCUUGUCGUGGGCGACUCAUACUGCAUUGAACAGAACUGGGGCAUACCUCCACCGAGUCCUACUCCCACUAGCAGUUCUGUGAUUAGCACCACUCAAAAGCCUACUCCAACACCUACCACGAUCCUCGAAGCCUGUGAGGCCGAGGCCGGCGGCUACGCAGACAGCUGCCCCCGCUGCCUGUCCCACUGCGAGGGCAGUUCGGACUUGGGAAUGUGCUUCUACAGUGUCUAUUCGACAGUCAACUAUUAUGACAGCCAGUGCUGGCAACAUGGAGGUAACGAUUGUGCAAACAAGGCAUUAGACAUUGUUUGCCCCAAAAGCACGUAA